AUGGCGAGCAUCAAGGGACCCGCUCCGGCGCCUACAUCCUUCCCCGGCGCCGACAAGCUGCGCAUCGGCAUUGUGCAUGCUCGAUGGAACGAGGAGUGCAUCACGCCGCUUGUCCAAGGCUGCGUCGAGACCAUCACCAAGGCGGGCGUCAAGCCGGAGAACAUUGUGAUCGAGAGUGUGCCUGGCUCGUGGGAGCUGCCGCACGGCGUGUCGCGGCUCAUCUCGGGCUCGCAGGUGCAGGCCUCGUCCAACGUGUCGGACCUCAUGGGUGCCACCUCGCUGCUCGACGACAACAGCAAGCCGUCCACUCCUGUCGCCGGGUCGUCGUCCAAGCCCUCCAAGGCGGCGCUGGAUGCUGUGAUCGGCAUCGGUGUGCUGAUCAAGGGAUCGACGAUGCACUUUGAGUACAUUUCGGAAUCGUGCUGCUCGGGCCUCAUGCGUGUGGGCCUCGACACGGGCGUGCCGGUCAUUCUUGGCGUUCUGACCGCGCUGACCGAAGACCAGGCGCUCGAGAGGAGCGGCGUCGGAAGGGGCGCCAACAAGGGCCACAACCACGGCCUAGACUGGGGUUCGGCUGCCGUCGAGAUGCGCCUCGUAGCAGCGGGUGUGAUGCUGGUCGAAGAGAGAGCGUAUGAUGCGCCUGAGCUUGCUGAUGAGUCCACUCACGCAACCUACCUGCACUUGAGCACGCGAAUCCGGGCUGAGCCGGUCGGAAGCGUGCCGAACGGCGGCGCCGAUCCGAUCAAAGUGCCAUCGAUCGGGAUCGAGCCCCGCUUCUCCCGAGUAGGCGCCUUGCAUUGCAGUCUGCUGCGGUAUCCUUCGCACGACUGGGUUACGAUGUCUCGCGUCUUGUACUACCUCGAAGACUCGCGCGCGUUCCGCGUGGCAUGGGCAAUGGAGGAGCUCGAGCUUGACUACGAGCUCAAGCACUACCGACGCAUCGAAGGCAAACGAGCCGAGCCAACGCUCAAGUCCGAAUCCGGCAACCCGCUGGGCAAGUCACCCUACCUCGUCGACUCGGAGGUCAAACUUGGAGAAUCGGCUGCCCAAGUCAAGUACCUUAUCCAGCGUUACGCGCCCGAAAGCUCGCUUCUGGGUCCCGCCGAGGAUUGGCAGAAGCGAGGAGAUGUCGAGGCGUGGAUCUCGUUUAGCGAGGGUAUGAUGGUGCAUACCCUCGCGGCCAUCUACCCACGCUGGUUCCUCGACCCUGCGUCUGCAGCUCAAGUCGAGGCAAAGAUGACGCCCAACAUUCAGAACAACCUCAACGCCCUCGAAUCCGCCCUGACUGGCAGCGACUACCUUGUGGGGGACAGCCUGACGGCAGCCGAUCUCAUGUGCGUCUUCUCUGCCGAAUACACCCUCUACAUGGACACCGGCAUCUCGUCGAACGCAAAAAACAAGCAAGACUGGCCAAACACGCUGGCCUGGCUCAAGCGCUGCGCACAACGCCCAGCCUACAAACGUGUCCUUCAAAAAGGUGCCACACACAAGUUCACCGUCACCGAGUAG